AUGGAUCGAUUCUGUGCAAGCUCUCGCAGAAGAUCGAGGAUUGGCAAAGCUGUGUUCAAGGACGGCACUCCUCGGCGAAGAUGCGGGAUUUUGUACGACUCCUGCUACGAUAUGUUAUCCACAUUGAUGCUGUGGACACUUACCGAUCCCUCCACUGCAACGCAACAAUUAAGCGAAGGUAGCGAGCCAAAAUUCCGAUGGCCUUACUAUUCUAUCAUUAUUAAGAAGCUUAAGAAGGAAAUAGCUGACCAGCGAGUUCCACCAGAGUUGCGAGCAUUACUGCAGUUUCUUCCCAUACCCAAAAAUACCAUAUCUGUGUUCGCAAUGGAGCCGUAUGGUACGCCAUCAGUGGCAACUGUACAGAAACUUUCCGGGGGAGCAGCUCGCCCGCCAAGUGUUUUGCAGUCAGCACCAAUGAGUGGUGUUCGACAUGGUCGUUAUGCCCUACACAUUAGCGAGAAAGUGAAAACAUCAAGUUACGACUUCAUUCAUGCCUACAUCAAUGAACAGAAUACCAAAGGUGGAUGGAAAUGGGGCUGGUUCCAGGCAUCGAAAAUUGAUCGUCUUCCGUGUCCAAUACAAAAAUGGGUGACAAGGAUUUUAGUCCACAAGCAUCAGCUGGAAUAUCAAAGGCCGAAUUCAAUUAUCACAGAAUCAAAUGAUCACUUUUUGUCGGCACCUGCGGUGGAGGCAACAGGUGAUGCUCCAGCACCGUCAGCUUCAAGCGCAAACACCCCUGGGACGCAAACUCCUGCUACACCAACAGUAUCUGUUAUGGGCGUAGAAGCAACAACCCCUGGAAAUGAAGAAGUUAUAACCUCGCUCAAUUCUGCUGUAAGUACACCUUCCACAAGUGAUGUAACAAUGGAUGAUGCUACACCAGAACAAAACCGCACUUUAUCAUCAGCUUCGAAUCCAGUUUCUCCAAGGACUACUCGAGGUGGCCGUAAGCGCGCUAAUGUUAAUAGGCAGCACAUUGCAGGAUCUCGCCAGAAGAGGUCGGCGUCACGCAAUGAGCCCCCUGCGCCAUCUAUUACUCCUUCAUUUGCUCAACCUUGGCACGGAACAGGUCCUAAUGUGGCAAGCAGUGUUUUAUCUCAGCAGGACCCAGUCACUUAUUCUCAGCAUCAAGCACAGCAACUGUCUUCAAAUGCAGUUAAAGAUCCUACUAAGACGAAGAUUCAAGAGUGCAUCAAUAAGAAACGACUCGAAGCAGCACGAAUUUCUGCAGGUUUUCCUGGUUCGUCAUCCUCACAGCCUCCCACGAUUACUCCUAAUAUGCCGCAAACUUCAUAUUCAGAUUCUAACUUCAGCCACCAUUCAGGAAAUAAUCGACCUUUGUCAGGUGAUUUUCAAAACCAACACGCUGCCCAAGCGAAUUUCGUCCAAAGCACUGUGUUGCUACAGGCGUCUCAGUCAUCAGUGGACCCAUCUCAGCAACAGAUGCCACAACAGCAACAAAUGCAAGCAAUACAGCCAUCCCAUCAUACCCCAGCUUCUCACCAACAACAACAACCCGCACAGCAGUCAUCUGCAAAUGUUUCGCAUUCAAUGCAGUCACAAGCCAUCCAACAUAUGCACCUUCAUCACUUGCAGCAACAAAUGCCUCCACAGCAGCAGCCGCCGCAUAUAGCUUCACAGGGAAUGCAACAUUCACAAGUCUCGCAACAACCAAUGAUGGAACAACAAAUGGGGCAGUCUCAUCUGCAACAGACGCGCUCAAGUAAUAUUCAAGGAGCCAUGGACAGCCAACAGUUUCCUCAAAUUAGUGGGUCGGCUCAUCAUCAAUCUUCUUUGGGUGGUCAAAUGAAUUUCCAAGGGCAUACGGGUCAACUUCCUCAACAAGCUCAGCAACAACCUCGAAACACGAUGGGACAGUUUACGUCCAGAGAGGGAACGAUGAACAUUGACUAUCAACAAGGUGGGCGAGGAAGUCGGCAAUCUAUGCAAUUAAGUCAACAAACAGGGUCACAGGGUGGAAUUGGUCGCAGUAGUAUUCCUAGCAGCCAAAUGAGUGGUCAUAUGGGAUCCCAACACAUCUCCGAUACCCAACAAGUUGGAGGACAUACGAUUGGCUCCCAACAAAUGUCGCAUCAAAUGACCCAAGCUUCUAUGUCUGGCCAGCACUACUUCAUACAGCAAGAUCAGAGGACCAUGAAUCCGCCAUACAACCAGUCUCAGUACACUUCAAACAAUCAGUUUUAA